AGCUCCAAUCAAAACAACAACAGAAAAUUGUUUACAUUUCCAAAACACGUUUUCAUUGGAUUUGCCGGGAGCUCUUUACAACGUAAAAUUAAAGGGCUUGGGAAGUAAUUUGAUCAAUCCUUUCGUUACCUCUUCUAUACAUAUUCAAUAAAGUUAGUUCCCCUAGGGUUGUAGGUAGAAAAAAGCGUCGAAAUGGUUCGUGUAAAGUACAGGUACAUUCUGGUGCAGAUACGUUGCAACAAUCGAGAAGACACAGCACCGGUUACCAUUGAAUCAAACACACUGCUUAAGUACAUUCGCGAGAAUAUAGAGCGGUACUACGGGGAGUUUGGUAUCGCCAGCAUGCUGCGGACGAAUGUGAUAUACUUCAACGCGAAAACGCACCUCUGCAUCAUACAGGCAAUGCAUGGACCGCAUCGCUUCAUUACCAGCAUCCUACCGCUGCUCACCGUGGCCGGCCCCGAGAUAGCCCGCUACCGAACACUGUACGUGGGAGCAACACUGAUGCAGUGUAACAAAUUUAUCCUGAAGUAUCAGCAACGCUACAUCAACAAAACGCUCGGCGAGUAUCGGGGAAUGGGACAGAAGCUGAAAAUGAUAGAGGACGUGACGAAAAUGAGGAGACUGUAGCGUAAGUUUAGAACAUCGAUCCUACUUCCUUUCCUUUUUAUUAGAACUAGGCGUCUCUGGUGCCCUGUACAAAGUGAAUAAAUUAUUGCAUUGCGUGGUGGUGCUGCUUCGUGCCGCCAUGUAAUAUGCAAUAGGCCAGAGGAGGCUGACCGAACCGAA